AUGCCGAGAGCAUUCAGGAGUUUAGCAGCUUUUGGAUCUGAGCUCUUCAAAAUUCCCCUUAAAGGGGACAACAAAAUUACCAGCAAUCUACGUGUGAUGAUAGAUGGGGUGAACACAGACACUAUUUUCUUCAUCUUUUUUAGAUCUUUAGAGAAACAACUGACAGGAAUUAAAAGCAGUGAAGUAAAGUCUUCUCAGAACAGCAAGAACACAGAAAUCUCUCAGCUGAAGAAAGAGGUGGCGUUGCUGAAGAAAGAUGUGGCGUUACUGAAGAAAGAGAUGUGGUCAAGAGGAGAUGAAGGACUGAAGAGAGAGGACUCAGAGCUCAGUUUGAGUUUACUCUGUAAAUCAGUAGGAACUGAUCCGUGCAUGCUGAAAACUGAGUUGCUGGAGACGAAGCUGAGGUCAAGAGGAGAUGAAGGACUGAAGAGAGAGGACUCCGAGCUCAGUCUUACUUAUACUGAGUCAAAGCCCACAGAUGCUCAGGACACUGAUCAGGACUUACAGGAUGAGGAAUCUACUGAUCAAACCUCCACAGAGUCUCUGGAUUCUGUCUGUAACGCUGGAGAACAGCAGCAGAUCCUCACUGGACACACAGAAGAGGAAGAUCACACUGGUGUUGAAGAGGAAAGUUCGGAUGAUGAUUUUGAUGAAGAGCUGAGUGAAACGCCUGAAAGAGAUCACCCUGCAGCAAAUCGUUGCCAAUGUGUUGUUUGUGGUAAGAUUUUAAGUCAGCCAAGUAGUUUAAGUAGGCACAAGAGACUACACACAGGAAAAAAACCUUACAAAUGCUCUCAGUGUGACAAGUGCUUUACAAACAAAUCUUCACUGAGAGCCCAUAAGAGCGUUCACACUGGAGAGAAACCUUACAGUUGCUCUCAAUGUGGAAAGAGGUUCUCGGAUUCAUCAAAUCUGAAAGCUCACCAGAAACUUCACACUGGACACAAACCUUAUCACUGUGAUGUAUGUGGAAAAAGUUUUAGUCGCCUGGAUUAUUUAGUCCAACAUAAGAGAAUCCAUAAUUGUGAAAAACCUUACAAAUGCUCUCAGUGUGACAAGACAUUUACUCAGUCAGCUCACUUAAGAGCCCACAAGAGAGUUCACACUGGAAAGAAACCUUAA